AUGGAUCAUAGUAAAGAUGGAAUGCUGGAUUAUUAUGCUGAUGAAGUUGGAGUUUUAUCUCCCAACCAAUUGCAAGUUGAUCAAUUGCUUGCUGGAGAGGUUGGCUAUCUUUCGGCUUCCAUAAGAUCAGUGGCAGAUGCUAGGGUUGGUGAUACUAUUACACAUUACAACAGAAAGGCAGAAGAAUCUCUUCCUGGAUACAAGGAAGCAACACCUAUGGUUUUCUGCGGCCUGUUUCCUGUUGAUGCUGACCAGUUUCACGACUUGCGUGAUGCUUUGGAGAAAUUGCAGCUUAAUGAUGCUGCUCUAAAGUUUGAGCCGGAGUCCUCAAGUGCAAUGGGAUUUGGCUUUAGAUGUGGGUACCUUGGUCUUCUUCACAUGGAAAUUGUUCAGGAAAGGCUUGAACGUGAAUACAAUUUGAGUCUAAUAACUACAGCCCCGAGUGUGGUUUACAGAGUAAAUUGCAUCAACGGUGAAACUGUUGAAUGUUCAAAUCCAUGUUUACUUCCUGAACCUGGAAGCAGGAGGUCUAUUGAAGAGCCAUAUGUUAAGAUUGAAAUGCUCACCCCAAAAGAAUAUAUUGGUGCACUUAUGGAGCUUGCUCAGGACAGGAGAGGAGAAUUCAAAGAAAUUAUGUUCAUUACUGAGAACAGGGCAUCAAUUAUUUAUGAGUUACCCCUGGCCGAGAUGGUGGGGGACUUCUUUGAUCAGCUAAAGUCUAGGAGUAAAGGGUAUGCUAGCAUGGAGUAUUCCUUCAUCGGGUAUAAGGAGAGCGACUUGAUAAAGCUUGAUAUUCAAAUCAAUGGGGAUCCUGUGGACCCUUUAUCCACUAUUGUCCAUAAAGACAAGGCUUAUGGUGUUGGAAGGGCUUUGACUCGAAAACUGAAGGAGCUAAUCCCCAGGCAAAUGUUUAAAGUUCCAAUCCAGGCAUGCAUUGGAUCCAAGGUGAUUGCUAGUGAAGCUUUGUCAGCCAUCAGGAAGGAUGUUCUUGCCAAAUGCUACGGUGGAGAUAUCACAAGAAAAAAGAAGCUGUUGCGGAAACAGGCUGAGGGAAAAAAGAGGAUGAAAGCAAUUGGUCGAGUAGACGUACCGCAAGAAGCAUUUAUGGCUGUAUUGAAACUUGAGAAAGAAGUACUCUAA